CUGUUAUAAAAGAGGGUUAAAACUUAAAUCCUACUCCGAAAUCCGGUUUUGACGCAGAUUUUCUUCAUUUCAAGUUUCAAAUUUCAAUCUCUUCUUCCUUGAGAUUGAGAUUCUGUUAAAGUCUCUCAUGGAGAUUGGAUCUGGUCCGAUCGGGCCGUGCACUAAAGAGCACCAGAAGAUGUAUCAGGAGUGGUUCAACUUGGCCGAUUCAGAUGGAGAUGGCCGUAUUACCGGCAACGAUGCGACGAAGUUCUUCGCCAUGUCUAAGCUUUCUCGGCAGGAACUCAAGCAGGUUUGGGCAAUUGCAGACUCAAAAAGGCAAGGAUUUUUAGGUCUUACUGAGUUUAUUACUGCAAUGCAGCUUGUUUCCUUAGCACAAGCAGGCCAUGAAUUAACUCCAGAGAUACAUAAAAUUGCAGCUAGCAAAGAGGACAUUCAACCCCCAACAAUAGAAGGUUUGGACACCUUGAUAGCUAAAACCAAGGCCCUAUCAACAUAUAGCCAGCCAGAAUCAAAUGGGAUUGCUCAGCCUCAACCAUCAACUCAAUGGUUUCCUUCAAAAUCUGUGAAAAAAUUGCCUCUUAAUGCUGUUACAUCCAUAAUUGAUGGCCUGAAAAGGUUAUACAUGGAAAAGCUAAAGCCGCUGGAAGUUACCUAUCGUUUUAAUGAUUUUUCAACUCCUUCACUGACCAAUAGUGACUUUGAUGCAAAACCAAUGGUCAUGCUUUUGGGUCAAUAUUCGACUGGGAAAACAACAUUCAUAAAGCACUUGUUAAGAUGUAACUAUCCAGGAGCUCAUAUAGGACCAGAGCCCACUACAGAUAGAUUCGUUGUUGUAAUGUCUGGACCUGAUGAGAGAAGUAUUCCUGGAAAUACUAUAGCUGUUCAAGCUGAUAUGCCUUUUAGUGGUUUGACAACUUUUGGAGGGGCAUUCUUAUCAAAAUUUCAGUGCUCCCAAAUGCCACAUCCUUUGCUUGAUGAAAUUACAUUUGUGGAUACUCCUGGUGUACUAUCUGGAGAAAAACAACGAACGCAGAGAAGCUAUGAUUUCACUGGUGUUAUUUCGUGGUUUGCUGCGAAAUGUGAUCUCAUUCUUCUUCUGUUUGAUCCUCAUAAACUUGAUAUUAGUGAUGAAUUUAAGCGGGUAAUUUCAUCUCUACGUGGUCACGAUGACAAGAUCCGAGUGGUUCUAAACAAAGCAGACCAAGUCGAUACCCAACAGCUGAUGAGAGUAUAUGGAGCAUUGAUGUGGUCACUUGGAAAAGUUCUUAAUACUCCAGAGGUCGUGCGUGUUUAUAUUGGUUCGUUCAAUGACAAGCCGAUCAACGAGGCAGCUGUAGGCCCUAUUGGUCUGGAUCUCUUUGAGAAAGAACAAGAUGAUCUCCUUGCUGACUUGGUCGACAUUCCAAAGAAGGCUUGCGAUCGUAGGAUCAAUGAAUUUGUAAAACGUGCCAGAGCUGCUAAGAUACACGCCUACAUAAUUAGCCAUCUUAAGAAAGAGAUGCCUGCAAUGAUGGGUAAAGCCAAGACGCAACAGCGACUUAUUGAUAAUCUAGAAGAAGAAUUCGCAAAGGUGCAAAGAGAGUUCCAUCUACCAGCUGGUGAUUUUCCAAACGUGGAGCACUUUAGGGAGGUCUUGAAUGGUUACAGCAUUGAUAAGUUCGAGAAGUUGAAGCCUAAGCUAAUUCAAACUGUGGAUGAUAUGCUCGGUUAUGAAAUCCCAGAACUCUUGAAGAAUUUCAGAAAUCCAUAUGAUUAAGAUUGUUGUUAGCAUAUCCUGUCAUACUUAUGAGCCAAUUUGUAUGUUCAUUUGAGUAAAUUGUCAUGAAUAAUUUCAGAACAACCUUUACAUUUCAA